ACAAACAACACGUGUGUAAUUAAAUCGAUUGUUUUCUUGUUUUUGGAUAGAUCUAGUUAUUGAUAAUUAAAUAUGGAUGAGGAGUUAGAGGAGCUGGAGAGUUUGUUUUCCGAACAUUUUGGGCGGACCCCGAGUGCUACCCCAUGUGUCUCACAGAUGAGUGAUUACAGUGAUGAAGAGGAAAGUGAUUUCGAUGAACAUAUUGAGUUGGGCCGUGUAGCAGAUGUUGACCAAAGAGUAAGGCAGUAUCUGGAUAGUUUACCAGCUAGCCAUUCGGAUGAAAGUGAGGAAUCUAGCAACGAGAACGAUGAAAAUAGGACAUCGCCAUCGUUGGCUCAAGCUGACCCGGAUUUGAUUAGGGUAAGACAAUUUAAGUCAGUUGGUUGUGGUUGCCAAAGAAACUGUCAUGCCUGUUUUGAAAUAGAUGAGUUGCACGGACACAUUCUAAAUAUUAGAGAAAUGGAAAAACAAGAUAAGGAAAUGUACAUAAUGGCAACAUUGGCUGAUAGCAGAGACAAAGAAAACACAAAGAAAGGGAGGAAACGUGUUAGAUUUAGACAUGACUUCAAAUUCCAAGGUAAGUUUGUGUGUAGAAAGACUUUUAUGCUUGUUUUUGACAUUGGAAAACACAGUCUACAGAACAUUAUGACACAUGUGAAUAAGAAUGGUGUUGCUCCAAGGAUACACGGAAAUACUGGAAGGAAAACGGCAAAAUCACUCGUUUUUGAGGACAUUAAAAGAUUGGUGCAAUUUGUAUCUAAUUAUGCAGAUGACUAUGGUAUGCCACAGCCUGCAGCACCACGAGGUGGCGACAAUAUAGCACCAAUUUAUCUCACAAGUGAAACAACAAAGAUGAAUUUACAUGAAAAAUAUGUGAACAUGUGCGCGCAGUUAGAACCACCCUGUCAUUCUGUGAAGUAUUCCACGUUUUGUAAUAUAUGGACACAUUGUUUGCCACAUAUUAGGAUUGCUAUUCCACGAGAUGACGUGUGUGCCACGUGUGAAAAGAUGAGAAAGGCCAUUGUGGAUUCAGUUACGGAGGAGGAAAAGAUACAAUCAACAAGCAACUUUCAGAACCAUGUGAUAGAUGCACAAAAAGAGAGGCAAGUCUAUAAUGACUGCAUUAAAAUGGCAGAAGAGUCCUACCAAAAUGUAAACCUGGAAAAGUACGUACAUUACACGUUUGACUUUUGCCAGAAUGUUAGUAUCCCUCACCAUUCCAGACAAAUGGGCCCCUUGUAUUUUCUCACUCUGAGAAAAGUGCAGAUUUUUGGUUUUCGGAUCGAUGGAAUGCCUAAACAGUUGAACUUUCUAAUAGAUGAAAACGAAACUAUUGGGAAAGAUGGAACGUCAACACAUGGGCCGAAUGCAGUUAUAUCCAUGAUAGAUUAUGCCAUGAAUUCGUACAGUACUGGGGAAACAAAGUGUGCCAUACAUGCUGAUAAUCGUCCAGGUCAGAACAAGAAUCAGUAUGUGAUUGGAUAUUUCAUGUGGCGUGUCAUGACAGGAAGACACCAGGAGAUCGAAUACCAUAUGCAGAUUCCUGGCCAUGCACGCUGCCUUGUUGACAGUGGAUUUGCUUCUUUAAAGAAGCUUUACCGGCGCACCGAUUGUGAUUCCCUUGUUCAGUUGCAACACGUUGUUGAUAUGUCGUCUGCUACAAAUGAAGCUGUUCGAUAUCCUGCUUGGCAAUGGCGUGACUGGAAAUCGUUCUUGGGACCUGUUAUUAAACCAAUGCGUGGGAUAAGGAAGUACCAGUACUUCAAGAUGUCUUCUGACAAACCUGGUGUAGUAACUGUGAAAGAGAACAGAGACACAGAUGAAACGACUGUAAACGUGCUGCGGUCUCAGGAUCGUGUAUUUCCAGCAGACGACUUACCAACAGUUAUCCCUGCCCAUGGACUUACACGAGAACGCCAGGAUUACCUUUAUAAGGCCGUCAGACCUUAUGUACGCCCAGUGCACCAGGAUAGCACGUGCCCAGCGCCUAGUGAUCAGUAAUUGUUUGACAUUUGUAGACACUUGAAUUGGAAUGUAUAUGAGCCGCGUCACGGAAAAAUGUGCCUUCGGGAAUCUUCGAGGCUUUGCGACCAGCGUGGACCCGGAUCAACAUGCGCAUCCGCGCAGUACGAUCAGGGCCCACACUGUUCGUUGUUACGUCAAAGAAGGCUUAUUCUACCUGAAGAUGCAAUUUUCAGGUGUAUUAAUGCUCAGGACAGCCUAAAUAAACACUUUCCGGAAAUUCACGAAGAUUCCCGAAGACACAUUUUCUCGUGUCGGGGCUCAUAUGUACUGGUACGUCUUGACUAAAACGAUUAGUAAUUAGUAAUUAUUUAAUUUUUGCUGUUAUAUUUACGUUGUUAUUAUAACAAUAUGUUUAAAUAUAAUGUUAAAUAAAUGUGAAACUAGA